CGUAAAAGCUUACUAGUAGGAAACGCUGCAGCUCUACUUCAGCACGAACGUCCACGACUAUCCUUAGCCAAACUCAAUGUCCCAAGCAAAACCGUCGCAAGUGGUCUUUCAAGACCGCGAAAAGCCUCAAGAGGUUCGUUUCUCAAACAUUACCGCUGCGCGGUCAGUUUCUGAUGCGAUUCGCACCAGUUUGGGCCCCAAAGGCAUGGAUAAAAUGAUUCAAACGGGUAAAGGAGAGGUUAUCCUCACAAACGACGGUGCUACGAUUUUGAAGCAUCUCUCGGUGCUUCAUCCUGCGGCCAAGAUGCUCGUCGAUCUCAGUAGCGCCCAAGAUGUUGAAGCUGGAGAUGGCACUACUUCUGUCGUUGUUUUGGCUGGUUCAAUGCUUUCCGCCUCUGAAAAGCUGCUGAAGAUGGGAAUCCACCCUACGAUCAUUGCAGAAUCGUUCCAACGGGCCGCUGCUGUCACAGUCGAGUGCUUAAAAUCAAAUUCGUUGAGCAUUGAAUUGGACGACCGGGAGUCACUCCUUCGUGCAGCUACUACGUCUUUGAGCUCGAAGAUUGUUUCACAAUACAGUAACCUGCUGGCUCCAAUUGCUGUAGAUGCUGUCCUUAAAGUAAUUGACCCUAAGACGGCCGUAAACGUUGAUCUUAAGGACAUUCGUGUUGUCAAAAAGCUUGGCGGCAUCAUCGACGAUACCGAGCUUAUUCCUGGUCUUGUUCUUACACAAACGGCCAUUAAAAGUGCCGGUGGUCCUACUCGUAUGGAGAAGGCUAAGAUUGCUAUGAUCCAAUUCCAGCUUUCUCCCCCUAAACCCGACAUGGAAAACCAAGUUGUUGUUAAUGACUACCGCCAGAUGGACAAGAUUCUGAAGGAGGAGCGUCAAUACUUGCUCAACAUUUGCAAGAAGAUCAAGAAGUCUGGCGCCAACGUACUGCUCAUUCAAAAAUCCAUCCUCCGUGAUGCCGUUAAUGACCUCUCUCUCCACUUCCUUGCCAAGCUCAAGAUUAUGGCUGUAAAGGACAUUGAGCGCGAAGAGGUGGAGUUCAUUUGCAAGUCUACUGGUUGCAAGCCCAUUGCUGACAUUGACUCCUUUACCGAAGACAAGCUUGGUCACGCCGACCUCGUGGAGGAAGUGUCGUCUGCUGGCGAGCGCAUUAUUAAGGUGAGCGGUGUGAAGAAUGCCGGCAAGACCGUUUCUAUUCUGUGCCGUGGUGCAAACCAAUUGACGCUUGAAGAAGCUGAACGUUCUCUUCACGACGCCUUGUGUGUUAUUCGUUGCUUGGUCAAGCAACGUGCUUUGAUUGCUGGUGGUGGUUCACCGGAAAUUGAGGCUGCUCAGCACCUUCGUCAUUAUGCCCAAAAGCUGGAGGGUCGUGAAGCUAUUUGCUUCCAAGCAUUCGCUGACGCGCUGGAGAUUAUCCCCGUCACUUUGGCUGAAAACGCUGGUCUCAAUUCCAUCCAAGUGCUGACGGAACUUCGUAGUCGUCAUGCCCAAGGCGAGAAAACUGCCGGCAUUAAUGUACGCAAGGGCACUGUCACGAACAUCCUUGAGGAGAAUGUUUUGCAACCUUUGCUGGUGAACACGAGUGCUAUACAAUUGGCUGCCGAGACGACCAAGAUGAUCAUGAAGGUGGAUGACAUUACGUUGGCUCGUUAAGCAGUGCACACUUGUCCGUACGAAUGUAGAAUUCUGGUUUAAGUUUUGCAGAGUGUGUGUGAUUCCGUUCUUUUCUGUCUUGUCUUGUACGAUUAGGAACAAACUUUACGCUUUGAUCACAUAUACCCCACUAGAGUUCUUUCAGCGGUACGAAGCUAAAAAAAAUAACGUGUAAGUCAGCAUGGUAAGCAGCACUACGAACGAAUGUACGUCGGGUUCUUUGCACUGCUUUUGAAUUCUACACGGCCAUCGUUCAAGCCUUGCAUAGACCUAGCCAUAUGCUUCCUCGUCAUCAUCGUUGCAUCCGUCUGCUUCCCAUUAUAUAAUGUGGUGAAUAUCUUUGUUGUACUUGGUCUAUCAAAAAUGUUAUUGGAGAAGUAUUUUACGUAGACAAAAAAGCACAGAGUAAGUAGGAAAAGAAAAAAACUAGACGAAGCCAGAAGAA